GAUGGCGAUGUUUGAUAAAAAAGGAUUCCAUAUACUCUUUCAGUAGCAGGCUAAAAUGGAAUGUGCUCCAGUGCACAAUGGGGCAUCGAGCAUUGUCGGAACAGAAAUGCAGAUGGGGACUCUUCUGGGACUCUUGGACCCCGUUUUACUUUGAAGCAGUAUGGAGGGAUGACAUAAUUGUGGCCAAAGGACAGCAAAGCGAAAUGGCCGUCUUUUCGUUAGAUGGCUAUGUAUGCUUAAGCUCCUCUUAGUAUGCAGUCAGAAUCUAGAGAAACUUCAUGUUUUAAAGGAGUUUGGGGAAUGAUUCACAACAGAGCAGAAUGGUGACAAAGUGAUGUGAAUGCAUCCCCCACAAAGAGAUGUCAAGUUUACACUUGUUCAGUUAAGUUAAAAUUGAUGCAUGAAAUUGGAAGUCCACAAGGGGACAGUAGUCCCUCAUCUAGCCAAGAUAAAUUGGAAGUUCCCCAAGAAGAAGGAAACUGGGAUGCUUCGGGCUGCUGUGAUAAACUGGAUACAUCAAUUGAAGAAGAAGAAAUUAAGAAUUCCUAUCCAGAAUCGACUGCAAAUAAGUACAAUUCUCGAUACCACAAACUAUUUAAAGACAUUCCCAGUGCAGAAUCAUUAAUGAAAGUGUAUUCUUGUGCAUGGCAGAAGGAUAUUCUUAUUCAGGGACGACUAUAUAUCUCCAGGCAUUGGCUGUGCUUCCAUGCCAACCUCUUCGGAAAGAACAUCAAGGUUACAAUACCAAUGCUUUCAGUUCAGUCAGUUAAGAAGCACAAAACUGCGGGGCUGGUCCCCAAUGGAUUGGCUAUUUUAACUAGUGACAGCGAAAAGUAUGUGUUUGUCUCCUUAAUGUCGAGAGACAAUGUGUACGAUAUACUGAAGAACAUUUGUACGCAUCUUCAGGCAGUAAACAAGAAGAGUUUAUCUGUAAAAGACUGCACUGAUGAUGGGCAUGCUAUAUUUUUGGAGGAACUGCUCCCUGAAGUUCCCAGAAGGAGAAGGAAUGUACCUGUUCCCACACUUUCACUUUCACUUCCUGAUACAGAAGGCGAGCACAUUCUGGUGAACUCUCCCACUGGCCUCAGCCCCGUGGAAAGCUCCUUUCCAGCAGAUGAGAUUGACCAAGCAGUCCUGAAUUCAACCUCUUCUCUGUAUUUAAAUGGGCCAGUAAAGGCUGAUGAAUGUCUGCAGGCAGAUUCCACACUUCACUUGGGUGGCACAGAGUAUCAGCUGCUAAAAGUUUUCAUUGUACUAAUCUUGUUCCUGAUUGUAUCAUCCUGUUACCUGGCAUUUCGAGUUUCCAGUCUUGAGCAACAACUCUCCUCUCUAAAUUCAGAUAACUACUUACCAGGUUUUGCAAGAUAACCUAUCAGUAGAAAGCAGUGACCCUGUGCAGUAUCCAGGCUGCUCGACUGCUGGCCUUGUUACCAUAGUUGGAGCACUUGACUGGUUUCUUGAAGCCUCCAAGUUAGUAGUCUUCUGAAGUAGUAUCUAGGACUGGUGCCAUGGGAGGGGCAUUUCUGUGUGACAUACUAGAUACAGAAUGUGAACUGACUGUCAAAUUUGUGCUCAGGGAGCAACAAGUGAUUUCUAAGGUCCUGUUCAUCAUACCAGGAAAUUCCUUUGAUAGACAAACAUGGCAGCCUGUAUCAUGGAAAUAAAGGAAAAAUGAGCCACAAUUGAAAAUCUAUGGCUAUGUAUGACACAGUGCUGCAUUUUUGACAUCUGCUAUUAGCAUUGCAAAACAGCUGCAGAAAUAAAACGUACGUUCUCUACUUUGCAUAUGGGUAUGCACAAUGGUGAUCUUUCUACUACCAGUGAUUCUGUGGAACAAAUCUGAAUAGAAGAUGGAAGUAGAGAGAAAGUGAUAUAGAAAAGUUAUUUGAAUAAUCCAGGUGUUUUCAGUAUGACUAUAUAUUGAACUUUGCUCCUUACGUUCCUUCUUAUUUUUCAGAAGUAAGUAUGUGGGGCAUCCAGCCAAGUGAUAAAACUGCAGACAACCCAGAAACUUGAAGAAAAAACUUCAGAGAUAUAUAGAUGUGCUUCCAUGUACAGGCCUUUGCUUUAUGACUUUCUCUUGUAUGAUACUGACCGAAGGCCCACUUAAAGAUAAGUCCUUGUAACGGGUAUUUAGUCCAUAAGUGUCAUUAAGCACAACUGAAGCUUGAUUGUAAAUAUGUAUGUUGGCAGCUGCUCAUAGAAAUCGAGGGGGAGAGAGCGAGAGAGAGUUUUAGGUAGCCUUGAAGAAUCUAGGAUAUUUUUUGUACUAUUAGAGUAUACAAGCUUUAUUUAUAUUACUAAACAUACUCUUGCUAGAUCACUAUUAGAGUUCUGUUUGCUUCCAUAUACUGUUUACUCAUGUUUUGUAUGAGGAAUGUGUUUAACAAAAGUAACCAGUUUGCACCAAACAGCAAUGGAUUCAUUUUUGUCUCCAAUACUGCCAUCUGGAUUUAGGAAUAAUCCUAAGUUAUUGGGGAAUUUAGGAAAGGAUACAAUGACUGAUCAUCUCAUAACUGCUGGGUUUCAUUGGUGGAGGCUGGACUUUAUGUAGUUAUUGCUCAAAUGAUCCCUGCUGAGACCAGGAAAUGUGGUGAGGCUACUAGCAUUAGUACUUGAGGAGGUGAACAGAUAUAUUCCUAGGUUUUGUUUUUAUUGUAUACCAUGCCUCUUUUAGGGUAAUAAUAUUUCACAUCCAUAGAGGAACAUGUUACCAGUGUCUUCUGAGCCAAUCUGCACUAUUUUGUACAGCAAAUACAGGUCUUAGUUUACACGGUUCCAUUUUUAUUGCCUAUCCCAAUUUGAAAGUGGGGCAAGCUGAUGGUUAAUAGGCCUCUACCAAUGCAUUCCCUAAGCAGUGCUUAUAGAACAAGGCAGUGGGGGUUCCUAAAAUGAGCAGUGUGUCACAAAGGAGCCCCUGGCAAAAGGAAAUCAACAGAGAUAAGUAGAAGAUUCAGAUGAAUUGCCCUGGUCAAAACCACAGUCCUGAAGUCAGCUAAACUUGUCUUGGCCUUGACAUCACUACUUGGUUUCAACAAUCACUACACUUAAUAAUUGAUCCAAUAGGAAAAACUGUGCAAUGAUAUCUACUUGUUUUUAAUUAAAUGCCACAGCAUGCUUGAGGUAUUCAUAGCUGACAAAUGCACAAAACAUUCAGUUCUCAAAGGAAAAAAAAUGCAAGAACUGUCAGUAUGGAUUUAUUUAAAAAGUCUAAAGAAAGAAUCUAAUGUUACCAGCUGUUGCGUACAGUCACUGGACUUGAUUACUGAUCCAGCAGCAAAAACUGUGCCGUGAUAGCUACCUGUUUUAAUUAAAUGCCAACAGUGAAAGCCACAAAGAGGUGCUAAAGUUCUACAGCUAAAUAACUGGUUAUUUAUUUGUAACUGGAACACUGGCCAACAGCUUUGGAUCACCUAAAUGACAAACUUGUCAAUAUGACAUGAAUAUUCCAGAGUAUGCUUGGGAUAUCCAUAGCUGACAAAUGCACAAAAAAACUUUUAGUUUUCAAAGAAAAAAUGCAAGAACUGUGUCAGCAUGGAUUUAUUUAACAAAUCUAAUGAAAAAAUCUAAUAUUACCAGCUGUUAAGUAGCUUACCUGACUAAUAACUUGAAACAUAAACAAAAGUAUAUAUGUACAUAUAUUUGUUAAUGUAUAUAUACAGUCUCUUAAUAAAGCUUGUCUGUUUUGAUGUUUCAGGAACCAUUGA